UUGCAACUUACUCAGCUCAGAGAAUUUUCCAGGCAGAGUUUACCUCAAGCAUAUCACUGUCUUUGAAAAAUAUAAUAUCCAGGAGAAGAAAAGCUUGAGGAAAUGUUUAUUUUAUUUUUUUUAGGUAUACUUACUCUUCUUUUAGGACAUUGCUAAAUUUUUUGGAACGAAUAUAAACAAAUGAAAAAAUUCUACAUGACACCCUGGUCUAGUGACCUCAACAUACUUAUGAAAAUUUGUACUGUAUUUGAGUGUUGCUUUCUCAAUUUCCUUCUUUCUUUGCUCCAUUCCAGAGUGAAUCAGAAGAAACCCCAAUCUUUGAAAAGACUUCUUCUUUUGAGAACUCUAUCCUGGGGGAAAAAAAAAAAUGCAAGAGGCUGCUGAGACUGCUGGUCUACCCAAUCACUGAACCAUAAGGGAUUUAACAUACCAUGGGGCAAGAAGAACCGAAAGACAAACUGACUUAUCACAACUUUCUACGCUGUAAGAGAGGAAUCAGAGGUUUGUGGUCACGGGAGCACCACCCAAGGCUGACAUGCGUCAGAGAGAAAUCAGAACUGAAAGGGGGCACCUGGAAUUGCUGUCCUGAGGGCUGGAGAGCCUUCCAGUCCAAUUGCUAUUUCGCUUUUCAUGACAGCAAGACAUGGGCUCAGAGUGAAAGGAAUUGCACAGAGCUGGGGGCGCAUCUGGCCACCAUCAGCACAGAAGCUGAGCAGAACUUCACUACUCAAUUUUUGGAAAAACAAUUUUCAUAUUUCCUGGGACUUACUAGUGAGAACCAUGAAGGCCAGUGGCAUUGGGUGGACAAGACACCAUUUAAUCCACAGAUGGUAUUCUGGCAUGAAGGUGAACCCAACAUCCAUCAGCGAGAAAACUGUGUCGUUCUUGUUAAUGAGCAAGACAAAUGGGGCUGGAAGGAUUUUUCUUGUAAACUUGAGACAAGCAGGAUCUGUAAGAUACCUGGAAUAGCCUUCAGCUAGGAACCUGUGAAGGGGUCCUUGUGAAGAGAACAGACAAGAACCAACGGGCACAAUGUACAUGCAUCAUUGGGACACAGAACAUUCUGGGUCAUAGAACAUUGUCAGGCAUGAUGGCCUUAUUUAUUUUUGUUUGGUUCAUUCAAGGUAAUGUGUUUUUGUGUGGCAUUUUGGUGGCAAGAAUCAUUCUUUUCUAUGAGACUCAAUUUCAUUAACUUUGCUUUUUUGAUGGCAGUUCAAGGUAUUUGCUUUUCAUUUGGUGUUCAUUGGUGAUGGAUCUAAGAGUGGCGUGAAGGGUACAACCUCUAAGUCAUUGCUUCUUCUGCUUUGAAUCUUAAAAGUUCCAAGGUGGGAUAUUCUGACUUGUAGUGGUGUACCCGUUUUUUUAAUCCAAAUAUCACAAACCCUUUAAAGUUUUAAAACAUUUUUAUUAUAUGAUGCUUCAUUUUUCAGACCUUUCAGUAGUAUCAGUCAUUAAUUGAUAUUUCAUGCGCAAAAUAUUUUCUGAAAAACACUAUAAAAUAAUUAGAUUAUUGUAUUGCCCAAGGAGAAAAAAAAAAAGCUAUUUACUUUAAAAAAAAUUUACUUCUCACUCCACUUUAAAUGCCUUCCCAUGGUGAGGAGUCUCCAGCUGACUUAAUUUCUUUUUGAGUGGAAAAGGGCCUGAGAGGCUGCCUUAACCAAACUCCUUUAAUUCUGUAGACCAGAAAACAAAACCUUGGGAAGCCAAAGAGCUAACUAACCCUCUCACAGCUAGUUUAUAACAGAAACAGGACAGUGGCCCCAAUCUGCUUUUCAUAGCAGGUGAAAUGUAGUCCCUUUGGCAUCACAGGACAUUUCUGGAAGUGCCAUGGCCUCUUGGCUAAGAGAUAGAUAAUAGUUCUUAAUUAUUUGUGUAAUAUUGUAUUGGUGUUUCUCUCUCUCUAUAUAUAUGUAUUUUUGUCUUUUCUAGGGUGGCACUUGCAGCAUAUGGUGGUUGCCAGGCUAGGGGUCUAAUCGGAGCUAUAGCCACUGGCCUAGGC